AUGCCUCUUCAGUUUGAACUGUGUCCUGGCAGAAUGAUCGGUUGUUCCCAUCCAUGUUUCAUUAUUGCUGAAAUUGGACAAAACCACCAGGGAGACAUUGAGAUUGCUAAGAAAAUGAUCAAGAUGGCAAAGGACUGUGGUGCAGAUUGUGCCAAAUUCCAGAAAAGUGAAUUAGAGUAUAAAUUCAGCAAACGAGCCUUAGAGCGCCCUUACAAUUCAAAGCACUCCUGGGGAAAAACGUACGGCGACCACAAACGUCAUCUGGAGUUCAGCCAUGAUCAGUACAGGGAGCUGAAAAAGUAUGCAGAUGAUAUUGGCAUCUUUCUCACCGCCUCUGGCAUGGAUGAGAUGGCUGUGGAGUUCCUUCAUGACCUGGAUGUGCCCUUCUUCAAAGUUGCGUCAUGCGAUGCGAACAACUUCCCCUAUCUGGAAAAAACUGCCAAAAAAGGACGACCAAUGGUGAUAUCCACUGGGAUGCAGUCCAUGGAAACCAUACGCCAUGUCUACAGGACAGUAAAAGAGCAAAACCAGAAAUUCACUCUUCUGCAGUGUAGCAGUGCCUACCCUCUGGACCCUGAGGAUGUCAACCUCAGUGUGAUCAGGAAAUAUCAGGAGGAAUUCCUGGAUGUUCCAAUUGGAUAUUCUGGACAUGAGAAGGGGAUCUACAUCACGGUGGCUGCUGUGGUGAUGGGAGCAAAGGUUGUGGAACGCCAUGUGACCCUGGAUAAGACCUGGAAGGGAAAUGACCACGAGGCAUCCCUGGAACCCUCCGAGCUGGCAGAGCUGGUUAGAGCAAUCCGACUGGUGGAGACAGCAAUGGGAUCACCUAUCAAGCAAAUGUUACCGUGUGAAAAGACCUGCCAUGAUAAGUUGGGCAAGUCAGUCAUUGCUAAGGUGGCCAUCCCUAAAGGUACAGUGCUGAACCUGGACAUGUUUGCGGUGAAGGUUGGUGAGCCAAAAGGCAUCUCUCCAGAGCUCAUGCAGCAGCUGUUGGGGAAGAAGAUCAAAGUGGAUGUCAAGGAAGAUGACAGUAUCAUGGCAGACAUGAUAGAAUAA